AUGAUAUUUUUGGGUGAAAUUAUUUGUAUUUUAGUCAUUCAUUUAGUGACCAAAGCGCCUUCUAUGUUGGAUAGAUCCAUGUUGGAUACCGUGACUGUAUCUACAGAAGCAGACGAAUGGAAUAUACCACAUACAUUUACUUGGUCAUGGCCAUCUCUUUGGUUUAUAUUCCCCAGUGUGUUUGAUUUGAUAGCUACUACUUUUCUAAAUUUAGGUUUAAUCUAUACUACACCGUCUAUUUAUCAAAUGAUAAAAAGUAGUAUUGUAGGAUUCUCUGCUAUCGUCAGUUGUCUCUUUUUAUCACGUAGAUUCUUAUUUAAAGAUUGGUGUUCAAUUGGUGUUAUUCUGUUGGGUGCAUGUAUCGUCUUUCUGUCAACUCAAAGAGAUGAUGAUGAGUGGAUAGGACCCAGUCUAUUAGUGAUUGCCCAACUCUUUGUCGCUGGCCAAUUUAUUCUCGAGGAAUAUUUAAUGGACCGUUAUCAUUUGGAUCCUGUGAAAGCGAUGGGGAUUGAAGGCGUCUUUGGUACAGUAUUAUUAAUGACAGGUUUAAUUAUGUCUUCCUUGAUUGGUCAUUCCAUGUUUGAUGUGAAAAGAGGCUUUGAAGAUAUCUUGACUCUAACUUCACUUUGGCAAAGUUCGAUUCUAUUAUCAUUGAUGGUAGCGAUAUUCAAUUUCUUUGGGUUGAUCGUAAGUACAAGUAUUGGUGUACCUGGUAGAAGCAUGAUUGAUGCUUUAAGAACUAUAUUAACAUGGAUAAUUGCUAUACAUUAUGGAUGGGAUUCAUUUUCUUGGUUAGAAUUUAUUGGAUUCUUUAUAUUAAUAUUAGGUGUCUUUAUUUUUAAUGGAGUAUUUUCAACUGUAAAAUCAACUAUUCUAGCCGAAACAACACCACUCUUAUCUUGA